UCAACUUUGAAAGCAAAAAGGUCCAAGAUUGGUUGGCUUGGUGGCCACAUGUCACUAAAGUAAAGCAGAGUUGAAAGACAUUUUGAUAAAUUGCAAUUUCUGUUCAUUCGUCAUGUUUCUCGUGAGAGAGUCUGCUGAUUAUGACUUCAUAUUAUCUCUUUAGAACAAACCCAGGCAACUGCUUUUCAGAUUUAAAUCUGUUUGAUUUAGGUAAUUGCUUCCUUUUGCUUUUUGCUACAUAUUCAUGCGAUUCUGCUAAUUACGCCUAAUUUUUGGAUUCUAUCCUUCAGUUAUAGAAUUGUUUUGUAAAUACUGAGUUGAAUCGCUAUGAUGCCCGAGUUGUGUGGUUUGAGUUUGCUUCUAGCUCUGCCUGAUGAUGUCUUUGCCAUUAUAUCUCGCUCGCUCUCACCCACAGAUAUCUGCAAUCUCAGCCUAUGUUGCCGAACUUUAAGUUCAGUGGUGGCCUCGGAGAAAGUUUGGUUAUCCCAGUGUGAGAUGAUGGGAAUUGUUCCUCAUCGGGACCUCAUUGAGUGGCGAAAGGGUAUGUCGUCUUACAGGGCGCUUUGCCGCUUCCUUGUUAGUGUUAAACCCUUGCUGGGAAUUUGGGUUCAUCAAAACCCUGAGCUUGGUAAUGUUGUAUAUGUCAUGCCUGGUCUUGUAUCCAUUGUUGGGUGUAGAAUUAUACCCCAGGAGCUUGGCCCUUUAGGAAUUGACGAUGGCCCUAUACUUUGGGCGCCUGUAUUUGAGAUCAUUGCAGGCUUUGAUGGUUCUUUUUUCUUUUUUUUACAUGGAAGAGAAAAGGGAAAUGACUAUGUUUAUCCUGGAUCCAUCAAGGGUGUUCAUAAAAAUUGCAACAUACUAUUGCUUGAGGUUGAGGCCGGGCAACAAAAGAAUGGCAAUGUACUAUUGCAUAGUAAAAGCUUUGCUUUCGCUUCGGAUAAUGAGCUAUCUAAAAAGAUUUCCCGAUCAAAGUCGCAAAGAAUGCUUGGACAAUGCGAUGAUAAGGUUCCUUUUAGCCGCUUGGCGUUUAGUGAUAGAAGAAAGUUAAUUGAGAUUGUGACGGGUCAUAUUCGUGAUAGUGUACCUGAUUCAGCAAAUGAGUCGCUAUUUCCUCGGUUGAGUGAUGACAAUAUCACACUCUUAUUUGAUAGGAGAACCCAUCUUCUGCAGAUGCAUAGUCGUGGGCAAAGUUGCUUUGAUUGGAAGAGAGCUCCUGAACUGCUAUCUGAUUCAACCAAACUGCAGCUAAAUGAGAUCAAAAGGAGCCUUGAUCACUCGGAUGGAUGUCGUGGUAAUUCUCUGAAUGGUGCUGAUCAAACAAAAUCUAUCAUGAGGAAGACUCUAAGUGGGUAUUUUAGGUCUAGCCUUAAGCAAAUUUUGGGGAAGUCACCCUCUAGAAAUGGCAGUCGUAUUCUCUCGAAGAGCAGUUCUUCAAGCGGUGAGAAUAAGCAUGCACAGCUUCGUGAAUUUCUAAGAUCAAGUGACACAAUAGGAUUAACGCUACAUGCCUCCACUGCUAAGUUAUCUUCCUAUCGAGCGUGGCCGAAUAUGCAUGACAGUCGGUUUGCUCUAUACAAGUUACCCAUGCGGGUUCCAAAAGCUGACCAAGAGUAUGCUGGUAUAUGGGGUGGGACUUUUGGAUGGCCUCCUGGGAAGCCUACUGAAGACAAGCCUGGAAAGGCUCUCUUCUUUCUAUUGAUAUCUUAUGAAGAAUCUGAGGGGCGAAAGCAACUCAUUGCUACCAAAAUAUUGGAAGGCACACAUUAUGUUCUUCAUCCAAAUGGCUCAGCAAUGUUUAUAGUGAAUAUUGAAGAAGAAGGUUCACAGGAUCCAUUUCCGUGGGAUGUUGAUGCGGAUUCUAAUCCUGUGAUUGUAAAACAUGUAUUUGCAGGUGAGGGUAUUGCAAAUGGAUAUGGCUUUAGAUAUCCUGGCUCAAAGCCUGGUUCCCUCUUUGUAAUUCAAAAUGGUAUUCUUGCCUUCAUUUGGAAGGAAUCUAGAGUGGUAUUAACUAUGCAGAGACUGAACUUGCAAGAGCUUUUGAAGAAAGGUGACCGGGUGCCUGCUCUGCCUCCUAUUACCAACUUUUCGUACCUAACCAAGUCUUACUCAAAUGUGUUCGCUGCCUUCUCAAAUGCUUCGACCUCUUUAUCUUCGCCAAGGCAAAGACAUUGAUAAGAUAACUAUGAGCAUUCAAAUUGAAGCAAAGAGUUGUCUACCAUUCAUAUAAUUUACUUCUUCCAUUGUCAUUGAUGAUCAUGCCUUCUCAGGAGUAGCUGAGAGUUUACGGGGCAAGAAGAAAUGUGGAUUUGUAAUUGCUCUGCAGAGCUAUCAAGUUUGUUGCAAAUUAGUUGUAUUAGCUAUCAGUUCUGUUAUAGCUGUUUUGGAUGUAAUCCUUGUGUGAUGUAAGCAAAUGAAAAGAAUAUUUAAGUCUGUAAAAGAAUCAGUAUGGAUUAUGAAAGAUUUAUAAUACAAAUUAGCUUGCUUCUUGCAAACUAUUUCUUUUUAAA